AUGAUUCCCCCACCAGCCAUUCAGCGAGGUCUCUUGACUCUCGACAGGUCACUGUUCAAAACCUCUGUCAGUGCAAUGGCUCUUCGUAUCCCCGCCUCCAUGACCAUGGAAUGCAAGAAGACUCUCGGAACAGAUAUGCUGCUGGAGCCCAAGAUCAGGAAUGUCAUUGAUAGUGACGAUGGCGAAAAGUCCAAGCGCUUGGUGCUCUUGAACCUGGAUAUCCAGACCGAAGAUCUCGAAGGCGCGUCAGAAAAGACAAGGGAGUUUAUCAAGGAGAAGGGCAUCGACUUGACAAAGGCCGAGAUCAGCGUUGGAUACGACCACUGGACAGCAGACGAGAUCUUGCGUGCCAUUCUUCCAGAGGAGAUUAUCGACGAGGCUCCCUCUUCGUUCACAACAGUCGGACAUAUCGCCCAUAUGAACCUCAAGGACGAAUACCUCCCCUUCAAGGGACUCAUUGGACAGGUCAUUCUGGACAAGAACCCUAACCUCAAGACGGUUGUCAACAAGACGGAUUCGAUUGAUACUACUUUCCGGUUCUUCAAGAUGGAAGUUCUUGCAGGAGAGGAUAACAUGAUCGCUGAAGUCAAAGAAAGUGGAUGCAGAUUCAAGUUUGACUUUUCUCAGGUGUACUGGAACUCUCGCCUUCACACUGAGCACGACCGUCUUGUGAAGAUGUUCAAGCCAACGGACGCUGUGUGCGAUGUCAUGGCGGGAGUGGGUCCUUUUGCCAUGCCCGCCUCUAAGAAGGGCUGCAUGGUCUACGCUAACGACCUUAACCCCACUUCAUACAAGUCCAUGCUCGAGAACAAGGGCCUUAACAAGAUCAAGGAUAAUUUGCUUAUUUACAACUUGGAUGGUCGCGAGUUCAUCCGCAAGGCGGUCGAGGAUUUGGAAAAGUCAGGAUACCAGACCCCAGUGGCAGUUCCUACAGUGCCCAAGGGCAAGAAGGGUGCUGCUGCUCCCAAGCCUGAGACUUCUGCUGCACCUGCACCAGUCGCUCCCGUCACGCCAACAGCCCCAGCCCAUAAGUUCAAGACAUUUGACCACUUUGUAAUGAACCUCCCAGCAACAGCAAUCGAGUUCCUGGACGCCUUCCGCGGACUAUUCAAGGGUCGCGAGGAACAGAUCCCAGAACCCAAGGUCCAGCUACCCAUGAUCCACUGCCACUGCUUCUCCAAGAGCGACAAGCCCGAGGACGAUGUCCGCGAACGCGUCGAGGCCGUAAUGGGUGGCAAGUUGGAGCUGGACUCUGUUAAGCUGCACUGGGUGCGAAAGGUGGCCCCCAACAAAGAUAUGUACUGUAUUUCGUUCCGUCUCCCUGCCGAGAUUGCAUUUGCAAGCGACGUCAAGAGGAAACUCGAGUCGGAAACUGACACAAGCAUUACGGCUGGCGGCGCCCCUGAGCCAGCAGAGUCGGCCGAGAAGCGUCCCAAGACCGAGUAA